AUGCUAGAACUUUGCGAAAUUAAAUAUUCGCACGUUGAGUGCAUCUCCGCCAUCCGCGGGGUACUGCAACUUUCUGAGCUAUAUCUCAAGGAGUCGGAUGUCAUUGAGCUGCUAGCAGAGGGGUGGCCGGACAUUAUAACCUUAACUAUGGGAGGGUUGGGGAAGACUGAAGAACCUAAUAGCGACACACACAGGAUUCAAGCAACAAUAUAUUGCUAUUUCGCCAACUGGCAGAAUAUCGGCCGUCUCUUAAGCCGCAACCCGUCUCAAGCCGAAGAUCGGAGGGUAGUAACUGAAAGCGCGUCUCUGUUCGAAGUCAUUCCUUCUCACGAUAUCAGUCUCACAGAUAGUGGACGGGACAAUCCUAUCUUUCUGAUUGACACAGAGCUGCAUUGCUCUAAGGCUAAAUGGCGUGGGGAGUGUAUUGCAUGGGCCGUGUCGGAAUUCUUCGAGGUUCUCAAGGACCAUUUUCUCCAGCUCCAGUUUAUUCUAAUUAAUUAUUGGCUAGUUGUGGAUGCCUACACUACUCUUGGCUUGGAUUGUCUAAAUGCGGUGCAAAAGGCCGCGGAUAAACAUUACCAUGUUGCUGCGGAUAGAUUGUCUAGAUAG